AUGUUCCUCAAAACCCCAAAUUGGGAAACGGUCAAUGAGACGCCCAAAUCGAGAGUCUUGACAAUAAACGAGUUGAUCUCGCCCAGUUUGGAUACCGAGUCUAGGAGACUCCUGGCUACUCCCGCAAGGAGGUAUUGCAGGACUGCAAUCACUGAAAUGCGGGAAUCCCCCACGUCCGAGCACUCACCCGGUGACGGCGAAGAUCCUACGUACCAAUAUAAUUCUCAGUUUCACUUUCCUGCGCCAAUAACCCCCAGCACGCCCAAGUCUAAAAAUGAGGAAAUGUUUGUAUCACCAACACCCCCAUUGGUUUCUCCCACGGCGGUUAAUGGGGAAGAAAAUAACGAUUCCGUACAUGAGAUUUCACAGACGUUAAAAUCAAAGCUCAACUGCGCCAUGGUUAAGCUAUCCAAAGAGCAGGAAGAAUAUCAUCUCGCGAGGAAAUUUCAGUGUUCUGCAAACGAGCAAGCCGCUCUAAUUCCUCCUGCCGCGACCGAAAAGAUACGAAAGGGUUUAUAUAGCAAUAAAUUUGCGUCAAAGCAUAGACGGUGUCAAUCGCUAGACGAAUCUAGAAAGUUUUUGAGUUCCUUGGAAGAUUCCUCUGCCCAUGCGGCCUUCUUGAAGGCAAUAUCGUCCAAGCACACCAGAAACAAGAGCGUAGAAACCGUUAAUGUUUCGCCGCUGCGUUGGUUUUCCCAUAAAAGAGCGCAGAGCACACAGGAAAGUUCGUUGCAAGAGUUCGUUGCUAUUGAUACAUUAUUGAAAAUGUCGUCAUCGAAGUGA